GGUAUAUAAAACUGUUUCAGUAUCUGUGUUGUGAUUAUAACAAGUUGGUUCAUUAAUUGUUCUCGCAUAUUAUUUAGUUAGUUAUUGUCUUUGUUUUAAUUAUAGGUGCUAGUGUCUUACUAGUGUCGUGUUCCAAGAUAUCCGCGAGUUAGUGAGAGUCAGCGAGUGCCGCCAGCAACCAUGAUUACCCUUGCCAUAAUAGUGGUCCUGUUGAUCUCCUUGUACCUCUACGGUACCAAGAAUUUCAAAUACUGGGAGAAAAGAGGAAUCAAACAUGACAAGCCGCUCCCGCUCUUCGGAAACAAUAUAAAGGGAUAUUUCUUCUAUUCGAGUAUGACACAAGUAGCCGACGAGUUGUACUGGAAGUAUCCCAACGAACGAGUCGUGGGCUUCUUCCGUGCCUCAGAACCUGAACUCCUGAUAAGAGACCCAGAAAUCGCGAAGCGACUUUUAAGCAAUGACUUUUCUCAUUUCUUUCAACGAGGAUUUACUCCUAACAAGACCGUGUUUGAACCAAUGAUGCAGAAUCUCUUCUUCGCUGAAGGAGAUCUCUGGAAGCUACUGCGACAGAGAAUGACUCCUGCAUUUACAUCGGGGAAGCUGAAAGCUAUGUUCCCAUUGAUAGUUGAGAGAGCAGAGAGGCUGAAGACUCGAGCGCUCGCCGCAGCCGCCGAUGGCAAGUCUUUGGACGCUCGUGAUCUGAUGGCCAGGUACACUACAGACUUUAUAGGAGCCUGCGGGUUUGGUCUAGACGCAGACACUCUCAACGAUGAAAACUCUCCAUUUAGACAACUUGGUAUCAACAUUUUCAAACUAAAACCUAUCGAGCUAGCGAAAAUUGUUGUAAAGGAAAUGUUUCCGGACCUGUGCCAGAACGUGAAGAUUUGGACACGUGUGGAGAAAGAUAUCAAUGAGUUGGUCGGAGAGAUAAUGGCGAAAAGAAACAAUGAGCCUAGUGGAAGAGGAGACUUCAUUGAUUUGAUGUUGGAGUGCAAGAUGAAAGGAACAGUGGUCGGCGAGUCUAUUGAGUCGAGGAAGCCUGACGGAUCCCCUGAAACAGCCAGCUUGGAGUUCAACGACGGAAUAAUAGCAGCUCAAGUGUUUGUAUUCUUCGCAGCUGGGUUUGAGACGUCAUCAUCAGCUACUAGCUUCACUCUCCACCAGUUAGCGUACCAUCCCGAGGUUCAGAAGAAAGCGCAAGAGGAAGUGGACCGCAUUUUAGCCAAACAUGACGGCAAGCUGUCGUAUGACUCCAUCAAGGAGAUGAACUACCUCGAGAUGGCGUUCAAGGAAGGGUUACGAAUGUUUCCUUCACUGGGCUUCUUACUGCGUCAGUGCACUCGACCGUACACCUUCCCAGAGUUCAAUAUGACCAUCGAUGAAACUUGCAAGAUUCUGAUUCCGCUGCAGUCUCUGCAUAACGACCCCAAGUACUUCCCUAACCCUGAGGAGUUCCGGCCGGAGAGAUUUUCUCCAGAAGAGUUCGAUUCCAAUAAUAAGUUCGUCUAUUUGCCGUUUGGACUAGGACCCAGAGCUUGCAUAGGUGAGCGGCUAGGUCUGAUGCAGUCUCUAGCAGGCCUGGCAGCAGUGCUGUCCGAAUUCACAGUGGAGCCAGCGCCCGAGACCCUGCGGUACCCUGUAGUAGAUCCUCAGUCCAGUAUAGUGCAGAGUGUUCAAGGAGGCCUACCCCUUAUGUUCCGUCCUAGGAAGAAGCUUGCAUGAAACCGACGAACUGAGUGACCUAAUAAUUUAUAUGAAUACAAGUUAUUCAUUUCCAAAGUGUUUGCAUAUAAUUUGAGAUAAGCCCUGAACUGAGCCUGUAUCUUGGGCGCCAAUUACGAGUAAUUCGCAUAAUUUGUUUGGAGAUAAUGUGAACUUAAAGGCCUAAUUACGACACUUUACGAGCGUAAUAUAAUUCAGUGAUAUGCUACACAAAUAAACCUUUGAAUUGUAUAAACUGGAAAAGUUAUAAACCUAA